GCAUCAAGAACGGCCACUUCCCUGCUGCACCAGACUUAGUAAAACUAACAGCACUCUUGCAUUGGGCUUGUUGCCUUGAUGCCAGGGUCCAAGCCAAUCUGGCAGAGAUUACUUCAGUCUUGAUAGCAAUCACAACUCAUCUUGCCUAUGAAAGGGUUUUGAAGUGAUGGAGGAUACUCAGGAUCUACGACACAGGUGUACCCACCAUGGUUAUGUGUCUACCUACCCAGACUCUAACAAUGAGCAAUCUUUUGAAGGGCUGAGUCACCAAGAGUUGCUGCUCAGGGCCAUGCCCUACACCAUGCAGGAGAAACGCCAUCUCAGUAGGCAUCUACAAGCAUCUGCAGGAGGAGAUGUGUCCAGCUGGGUAGCAUGGAAGCAAAGACAAUACAGAACUCAGAGGCAGUUUCGAGAAGGCAUCUGGAACCUUACCAGGAUCUUCCAGCUAUGGAAGUCUCCUCUGGAUGAAAUUGGGGGUAACUUUGGCCCAGGCAUCAAGUCCUAUUUCACCUUCUUGAAGUUCCUGCUCUUCAUCAACUUCCUGGCUGUGCUGUUGGUCACAAGCUUAAUCUUGUUGCCAGUUACCAUCUUCUAUAAUGCAACCAUCUUGCCAAAGGGUCUGGGUACAGAUUCUGAAUGCAGGAACUACAGUAGUGACAUCAGUCAUCGAUCUUCCUGGCAACAUUUCCAGGACAUCUUCACUGGGGAAGGCUUCCUGGAGCAUUCCUACUUGUUUUACGGUGCUUAUAAUGUGCAGCAGGAUAGCAACAACCAGUACAAUGUACACUUAGUCUACCUGCUUAGCAUCCUCGGAUACCUCUUUGCCUGCUUCCUCUGGAUCUUCCGCCGGAUUGCGGUCAGCUUGGCACAGUGGAAGGUGCUACGAUGGGAAUUCAAGAUGCCAGUCAGUACGAAGAUCUUCACAGAAUGGGAUUUCUGCAUCCAAAAUCCCGAGGCAGCCAUCCUGAAACAGAAGAGUAUUUACAAUGAGCUGAAGAUCGACCUAUUGGAGCAGAACCAGCGUUUGCAGCACCAACAACGAACAUGGAAACAGCUAGCUCAACUCUACCUGCGGCGCCUAGUGAUCAAUGUUGUCAUCUUGCUACUGAUGGCUGCUGCUUUCUACUUCAUCCAUUUGGCCACAGACAUAUCCCAACGUUACAGUCAGUUGGAUGCUGCCAGCUUUGGUGUAGUGAACCAAUACCUGCCACCCUUGGCCAUCUCCACAGUGAACGUCUUCCUACCUCUUCUUUUCCAUGUCCUAGCCCAACUGGAGGACUACUCUCUCAACUACAAAGUCAACCUCACCCUAGUCAGGUGUGUAAUCCUGAAACUGUCCAGCCUGGGAAUGUUCCUGUUCUUCUUGGGCUCCAAGGUUCUAUGCAUAGGGAGCAAUAGCACUUUCCAGUGCCAGUCAUGUGGUUACAACAAAUUAUAUCAGUGCUGGGAAACCCACAUUGGUCAGGAAAUGUACAAGCUGAUUAUCUUCAGCUUUGUGACCACCUUGGCAUCUGCCUUCCUUAUCAGCCUGCUCCGGAGGUUGCUGGCCAAGCAUUGCUCCUGUGCACUGGCUCAAUGGCUUGGCAAAGAGGAGUUUCUGGUGCCGCACAAUGUGCUGGAUAUUGUAGCAGCUCAAACAGUCAUAUGGGUUGGGAUCUUCUUCUGCCCACUCCUGCCUUUGCUCGGUGGUGUCUUAAUCUUCCUUACAUUCUACAUGAAAAAGUAUACCCUGUUCCAGAACUGUCAGCCUUCAACUCAGCUGUUUCGAGCAUCCCAGUCUAAAUUCUUCUUCCAAAUCAUGCUACUUCUAGGCCUGUUCCUGGCCUGCACCCCUCUGGUUUAUAUUGUCAGUAGGUCCACCCCAUCCCAGGCCUGUGGGCUUUUUACUAACAGUUCAACUCCAUGGCAGGUGGUGCCUGACACUGUGUCCCAUCUGCCUCGCUCAGCACAGCUUUUCUUGGGCUAUGCCACGUCCAAUGUCUUUUGUUUCUCACUUCUGAUGCUGUUCAGCCUCAUCCUCACUGUGUACAUUUCUCAGGCACAAGCAAAUAGAAAAGUAAUCGAAAGGCUCAAGAAGCAACAUGUGCUGUGCGUCCAGGAGAAAUUGUGCUUGGUAAGGAAGCUGGCUCGGCUGCUGGUGGAAUUACCAUCUGAUUGAGGGGAAAGAUCUUCUGAAGGAAGGAAACUUGGAGAGGUUGAGCCAUAUGGAGAAAAGACUACAGGAAAACAUGUCUCACUUCUAGGAGAGCAUAAAGCAUAGAGUGGCAGAGCAUGUUUGAACUAAUAACAGAAGAAGUCAGAGAAAACCCUGGUCCCAUACACAGGAAGGCCUUGUUGUUUGGAGUACAAACUGGCUCCUGGAUCUACUCUGACACACUCUCUGUCUAUAUCGUACAGUACUAGGUAUGCUGGUAUGUACUGAAUGUGUACCUAAUACAGGACCUUCCCUUUUGGCUGCUGUACCUCUUUGGCUGGUCUCAUGUUAGAACAAGAUCUUGCAGGCCCAGUACCGUGUCCUGAAAAUGAUGUUUUUGGAGAAGAGCAAGAUGUAUGGCAAUAAAGAUAUAAAUACUUGUGCUUUCAAAA